GUUGGUACAGUUGGAUAAAAAGCUCUCGAGAGAGAAGCAUUUUUUUCCCCCACAAUUUAAUCGUCAGGAACUAGUCUCAAAAAAAUUGAAACGUACUCUAAAUUUCAGUUAUAUCCUUAACCUAUGUUAUUGGGCAAAUACCUAAAUAGACGAGAUGGUUGAAACAACAAAAUCGCGUGUGAUGUAUGUCAUUUUGUGGCGGGCAACUGUCUAAACCAACUGUGGACAAUCACUGAGAGAGCUAAGCUAAGCAUCAUCAAAAGCAAUCCUUCAAUGGCUUCUUCAAUAUGUUGCUCUGCCUCUCAAUUCUCAAAGUUCUCACCUUCAUCGCUUCUCAAGGCCUCAUACCCUGCUUUCCCCAAUUUCUCUUCAUCCCCAUUUUCUGUCCGUUGCGCUAAUCAGAGUGACGGAGACGAGGUCAAGAAGACAAAGAGGCUCUCUAAUCAGUCUUCGUGGGAAGCUAAAGACGCCGAAGGCAGAGACUAUCUCUACAGGCUGGGCAAAGAAGCUGAUAAUAUGAACAUCGCUGUUGGCCAGAGGGCCGGCGUCAUCGAUGACCUUUUUGCUGGCAAUUUUCUCGGGAAAGAUUCGGACAUUGUGUUUGAUUAUCGUCAGAAAUUGACGAGGUCAUUUGAAUACCUUCAAGGUGAUUAUUACAUCGCUCCCGUCUUCAUGGACAAAGUUGUUUGCCACAUUGUGAAGAACUACCUUGCUCAUCUCCUCAACACUAAAGUUCCCUUGAUCCUAGGUAUUUGGGGAGGAAAAGGGCAGGGGAAAUCAUUUCAAACAGAACUAAUAUUUCAGGCAAUGGGAGUUGAACCUGUGAUAAUGUCUGCUGGAGAAUUAGAGUCAGAGAGAGCUGGAGAGCCAGGAAAAUUGAUUCGUGAGCGCUAUAGGACAGCAUCUCAAGUGGUCCAGAAUCAAGGAAAAACGAGCUGUUUGAUGAUCAAUGAUAUUGAUGCUGGCCUUGGUAGAUUUGGCAAUACUCAAAUGACAGUCAACAAUCAAAUUGUUGUUGGGACUCUUAUGAAUCUAGCAGACAAUCCUACAAGAGUUAGUGUUGGCCAAAAUUGGAGAGAAACAGAUAUCACAAAUAGAGUUCCAAUAAUUGUAACAGGCAAUGAUUUUUCUACGAUUUAUGCUCCACUGAUACGAGAUGGAAGGAUGGAAAAGUUCUACUGGCAACCUAAUCGAGAAGAUAUUGUCAAUAUCGUUCACAGAAUGUAUGAAAAAGAUGGUAUUUCUAAGGAUGAAGUUUUGAGAGUUGUGGACACUUUUCCUAAUCAAGCUCUGGACUUUUAUGGAGCUCUUAGGUCUCGCACGUAUGACAGAUCAAUUUUGAAGUGGGUUGAUGACAUUGGAGGUGUUGAAAAUUUUGGAAAGAAGCUUCUCAGUAGGAGAAAGGACAACAACCUUCCUGCAUUUACUCCUCCAGAGCAAACAGUGGAGGCUUUGCUGGAGUCAGGUUAUUCACUCAUCAAAGAACAAAAGUUGAUAAUGGAAACUAAACUUUCCAAGGAAUACAUGAAAAAUAUAGAUGACUAGAAUUCAUUAUAUGUAGUAUGCUUCAACCAGGCUGCUUCCCUUGUAUCAUAUCCCAUUUUUCAGAUGAAGAAAGUGUGAAAUUUUGUACAAUAACAAUGUAAUUUCUGAAAUUUUAUCUUGAGGUGCAAGCUAAACAGCUUGCUUACAGUUGUUUUAUAGAAAUUAUUAAAGUAAAUAAUUCAAAAUCAUUUGUACAUUCAGAGUUCUAA